CCGUGCACCGCCUCGGGUCCAUCCGUAAAUUCGUUGAAGUUACGGAGUAUAUACGUGAGCGUCUCCAUGCCCGUGCGCGUCGGAGAGUUCUCCGCACGAUGCCGUCGAUCUAGGGUUUUUCGAUAUCGGUAGUGGGAGAUUAAAGGUCAAAGGGGAGGAUUUUUUGGAACCCUAACAAUCCAACUCGAAACGGUUUCGGGAUUUAAGUCGAGUCAAAUAUCGAUUCCAGAGGAUUUCUAUCUUUAGUGGAGAUUUCCAGGACUUACUCGGAAUUUGUGGAUUGAAAUGGCCACUUCACCAAGCCAUUCCUCCCCAGAAUCUGCUAUCAUUGAGCAAGUGAUCACAGAAUUCUUUGCAAAGAGCCUUCACAUUAUACUCGAGUCGAGAUCUCCGUAUGUUUCCUCCCGUAACUAUACCGUGGAUCAAUUUAUGUCGUCUCCUUCCUCCUCAUGCUCCUCGUCAAGCAGCAUGCCAAGGGAUAAGUGGUUCAACCUGGCAUUACGGGACUGCCCUGCAGCUCUUGAGAAUUUUGACAUCUGGCGGAAGAGCAAUCUCGAGCCCUUGGUCAUCGAUAUCAUCCUCAUCCGUAGGGCAUUGGUCCCGGAUGUGGCCCUUCCUCUUGGUGGAUGCCUAUUGCGGAAUUUCUCUGGGAAUUCUGAUCUUGCUCUGGAGCCUAAAUCUUGGAAGAUUGUUGAGAGGUGGAUUGUGCAGUACGAAAGGCAUAAGAGCAGCAGUAGCAAGAAUCAUAAGGAUACACGUAAAUGUGGUACGAAAAAUAAUGGGGGUUCUUCCUGCUCUUCCGAAACAGCAUUCUACAAGAAAACGUAUAAGAGAUAUAUCAUUCUGUUUCGCUCUUUGUAUGUAUUUAUUAGGCUUCUACCUACGUACAAGCUUUUCCAUGAGCUCAAUUCCUCGGGCCAAAUCUGUCCGCUUAGUCUGUCUCACAGAAUAUCUUCUUCCAUUCAACCUUUCACUCAGGAGGAUGAGGCCAAGAUGAACCAAUUUACUUUUGUGCCAAUUGACACUCCUCGAGGUAGGCUGAGUUUGUCUGUGCAGUACCUUCGUACAUUGGAAGAUAUUAGAUCCGAACCUUCUGCUCCUUUGUCUCUGCAAUUUAUAUUGGAUUAUAUUGGUAGUCCAACCACUGAUUCUUUUAGAAGGCUGAAGUCUCUUCCUUCAGCACAAUCAUCUCCUGCAUUAGUUUCAUUUACCAGACAGCACAGUUGGAGCAAUGACCAUGGGGCUUUAGCUUCGGUACCUCUUUGUCCAUCAGUUGCAUGCUCCGAAGCUUGUGGCAUCCGUUGUAAUCCAAGCCUGUGUCUUCCUCCUCUUACUCAUCGUAAUGAUCAUUCUCCACCAGUAAUCUCAGAACCACAGAAUGCAGCUGUGACCCAUAAAAACAAUAUGAGUUUUGAUGAGUUUUGGCCUUCUCCAUUUUCACCGACAUCAUCUCCUUCUUCACCAGCCCAUUUGCCUGGUCAACGUUCACCAAAUGCUCUCCAGUCUGGGAGUUCUCAGAUUGAUAUUGCCAAAGCACACCCUAUCACUGCAUCUCAAACAAAGGCAUGUUCCUCUGAAGGUAAGCUACAAAUAAAGAUGGAUACAUUAAGAUACGGGAACUAUCAGACUGGCCUGACCCUUGUCAAGGGAUUUCCAUCUGGUAAAGAUGACACUGAAAAGUUAGCUGAACUUCCAAGCAGUUCAACACAAGGUCCACUCUCUAGGAGCUUUAGUGGAUCGUCUCUCUUGGAUAAGUUCGAUGAUUCUGGGUUUGCUUGCCCAUUUGCUGAUUAUAAAGAUGUAACAGAAUCAUGCAACAGGAGGUCUCCAGAUGCUGUCGUUGGUGCUGUUGUACAAAUGUUAAUGACUGCAGCACCUCUUCGGCAAGAUCUCUCCAAUUUGUGCAGACCCCCUCAAGUCUUCAUGGAUGAAUCCUUGAAUCCAUGUGUCCAACAUGAUCAAGCUAACACGGAACAAAGCGAGUGCCCUGCUUCUACUUCAGAAAUUUUAGCUUCAGUGCUCUUGAAGUCGAAGACUGCAGCAGAGGGAUUAGAGGAGCUGAGAAGGUACAAGGAGAUGAAAGAAUCAAUACUUAAGCAAGGUGCAUCUCGGUCAUCAGAUGUUGACAGUGGACCAAAGUCUGCAGGCAAUAAUGACCAAUCAUAGCACUGGUUGCACUGAUCUCCGUGAACAUUUGUAUAGAAUGUCGUUGGCUCAAAGAAACUGAAUCUAAAUAUACUGAUUUAGAUUUGUCUAUAACUUUUUAGGUUUAAGUAUACAUAUAUAGUGGAGUCCAUAAGAGGGCUACUCUCACUUGUGCAUCCUAUGUGCAGUUUUAUGACUGCCUAUGUGCUGAUACUAACUGAGGUUUAAGAAUUUGUGGCUAACUUGAAGACUUGUGAAGUUAUGUUUGUCACCUUAUUUGUCGAUGCACUCA